CAUUUCCUGUUAUUUAUUUCAUUUAUUUACGGGCUGUAAAGGUUGACUGAGCUGCAUUAGGCUGCAGGUAGCAAACCGUUUCACUGCAGAUCCAGUCGGCUUCGCUGCAGAGCAGAGACCAAACGUCUGGACGACUCCAACCAUCAGCAGCAAAAUGUUUCUGUCCAUCUUGGCUGUUUGGUUCGUCCUCAUUGCAUCUGCUGGCUGUUCGUCUGUUAAACAAAAAGGCCAUGUUGUCCCUCCCUGCUGUAUGGAAGGAUCAAAUAGAGUCGACUUCAACAUCGUGGAGUGUUUCGAACAGAAACCGAGACCUUCCUGUCUUGGACAUUUCUAUCUGGUCGUUACUGAGAGAGGAAUGUAUUGCAUCAAACCAAAUUCAAAAUGGCUCCAACAGAAGAUGAAGGAAAACUUGAAGUGUCCUCCACCCGAGAUACUUUGAGGAACCUGAUUCCAACAUAAAGACGACGCUGCAAUGAAAAAUAAAAAAAAAUGCUUUCCUGCUUUUCUACAUGCAACAAGAAAAAACAGAAAUUUUCACCAAUCAUUGCAAAUUUUCAGCAAAUCUGACUUAAUUUCUGUAUUUCCUUUUUUUCUGACCAAUCACUGCAAUUGGGCUGAAUUUUAACCAAUCCCCUUCUGAUGUAACUUCCUGUUUCUUGAAAUCUUUUGAAAGUUUUACCUGCAAUCAUUCAGAGCCAAAAGGCAAAAAACUUUGCUCUAAAUAAACCAUGUAAACCACAACGCUCCUGCAUGCAGAUAAUGUUAGUUAAACUACGAUUAAUGUCACAUUUUCUAGAAAAACAAAGACAUUUCAAAGUUGAAAGUUUUUCACUUUAGGAACUCAGAAAUGUCCCAGGUUUUUUCUAGAAAAUUUGUUAGAUUAAUCUCAAAAUGUCUGAGUUUUUUGGUGGAAAUCCACAGUGGCCCUCAUGGAGCGCAGUAGAAAGGGAAGGUUAUGUGAUUUACAAUGUUUUUUGUAAGACAGUGGAAAAGAUAUCAGUCAUUUUUGUCUGCUUCCUCCAGGAGAGGCUGAGUUGGAAAUGAUAAUUUGCCAUAAUCUCUUUUGAAGUUGUGUUUUUCUCAUCAUGUUUUGAUAUUCAGAAAGCUUUUGACCAAGAAAAAACUUUAACCAGUUAAGAAAACUUCAAUGACGGAGGAAAACUUCUGUUUAUGCAUCACAACAUUAUUUUAAUAAAGUGCAACAGCAGAGACAUAUUUCUGUGUCAGUGGGCUAACUUCUUCCUCAGGUGUUAGUCUGGAUUAGACUCAUUUCUCUCCACUUCAGCUCGGAUUAAAUCCUCAAUUAUCUUGACAAUGUUUUUCUCUUUUCCGGGAUCCGUUUGUCCCGGCUCACCUCUGCUGCACAUUCACACCGACACGUGAAGGUGUUCCAGAUAAUCCGCAGGUGCUGCUUUUUCAUUGUCCCGCUGAGAAAAUCCUGAUUACUGAUGGGAGUGAGUGAGAGCGAAGCGGACUGUUUGUAGGUUAGUGAAAGAUUGCUGUGGCCGUGGAUAAGAGGAUUUGGGUGGAAUUAGUGUCAUUCCUCUGUCGCCGCGAGGAAUAGAUUCAUAUCGAUUUUAAUCAGAGAUAGAACCACAACCCGGAGACCAACAGGCAGAGUGAGGAAGAGGAGGCAGUCAGGAGGUUUCCUCAUGUCUUUGCCCUGCUCUGAAGUCUGUCUGCCGUCCAGGAGCCGUGAAGAGGAGGAAGCAGCGAUCCGCAGCGGGAUGCUGGACCCGAACCUCCGGCUCUGAGUGUGGAUGUUCCUGGCGGCGGAGCAGGGCGCUCGCUGCGGCGGGGAUGCUGCUCUGGUGUCGGUUUUGGCAGGGAGACCUGUGAAAAAUGAAGGCGGACGUGUUGGCUUGCCUGGCUCUGACAGCGGCCAGCUUUGUUGCCACGGCGACCGGCGGCCGCAGCUCCAACCGCCGGAGACACAAGGAGGUUUUCCUGGGAGAAAACAGCAAGUUCAAGUUUGGAGGACGCAUUGAUUACAAGCUGAAGCGGCAGGACAGCACCAAAACGCUGCUAAUAAAAAGUGAACAGCUGCUGAGGAUCGAGGAGCAAGACUUCGCCAUCAGACCAGGCUUUGGAGGUUCAGCCAUCCCGGUGGGCAUCGAUGUGCAGGUGGAGAGCAUUGACAGCAUCUCUGAGGUCAACAUGGACUUCACCAUGACUCUGUACCUGCGUCACUACUGGAAGGACGAGCGGCUGUCGUUUCCGUCCCACACCAACCAGAGCCGGACGUUCGACUCCCGUCUGGUGAAGAAGAUCUGGGUUCCUGACGUCUUCUUCGUCCACUCCAAGCGCUCCUUCAUCCACGACACCACCAUGGAGAACAUCAUGCUGCGGGUUUACCCUGACGGAAACAUCCUCUACAGCGUCAGGGUGACGGUAACGGCUCUCUGCUCCAUGGACUUCAGCAGUUUUCCUCUGGACACUCAGAACUGCUCUCUGGAGCUGGAGAGCUAUGCUUAUAAUGAGAACGACCUGAUGCUUUACUGGAAGAACGGGAACGACUCUCUGAGGACGGAUGAGAUCGUUUUGUCCCAGUUCUUCAUUGAGCACUUCCACGCCUCCAGCGGCCUCGCCUUCUACAGCAGCACAGGUUGGUACAACCGACUCUUCAUAAACUUCAUCCUGCGGCGCCACAUCUUCUUCUUCAUGCUGCAGACGUACUUCCCCACCAUGCUGAUGGUUGUCCUGUCCUGGGUUUCCUUCUGGAUCGACCGCAGAGCCGUUCCCGCCCGCGUGUCUCUGGGUAUAACCACCGUCCUCACCAUGUCCACCAUCAUCACCGGAGUGUCCUCAUCCAUGCCUCAGGUGUCAUAUGUGAAAGCUGUGGACAUCUACCUGUGGACCAGCUUCCUGUUUGUCUUCCUGUCUGUCAUCGAAUACGCUGCCGUCAACUACUGCACCACCCUGGAGGAGAUGAGGAAGAUGAGGAGGGGGAAGAUCCCCUCCACCUUCAACGCCAGCCAGGCCAUGGCCUUUGAUGGCUGUUUCCAUGACAACGACAUCGAGCUGACCACCUUCCCUCGGAUGGCGCCAGCUCUGACCUCCGACCCCCUUAUGGCCCCGAGCCCGAACUCGGACCUGCGGCCGCCGGAGGGGACGCGUUUGCGGCGGCAGCGGUCGGUGCGGGAGAACGUGGAGCUGCUGGUGAACAACAGCUACAUGAUCGACUCGUACUCACGCCUGGCCUUCCCGCUGUCCUACCUGCUUUUCAACACCGUCUACUGGAGCCUGUACUGCUGACCGGAUCCGUGCUGACCAGAUCCGUCCUGCACAGUCUGCAGGACGAGUAGGACUGAUUCAAUCAGCCAAACGCUUAACAUCCUGACUGUACAACAUUUGUUUAUUUGGAUUUUUUAAACUGUGUUUUCUUUUUGUGUUUUGUCAUGAUCAAAUGUUAUAAUAUUUUGUGUAUAAGAGCUAAAAUAAAGUUGAAUUCAUGUAAAAAUGGCUUCCUGCAA